AAUAAAUGUUGCUCGUGGUGGAAUAAUUGAUGAAAAAAGUCUUAUUCAUGGUCUUAAUUCUGGUCAAUGUGGUGGUGCUGCUCUUGAUGUAUUUGAACAAGAACCACCUACUGAUUUGAAACUUCUUCAACAUCCAUUAGUUAUAUGUACACCUCAUUUAGGUGCAAGUACUCGUGAAGCACAAAAACGUGUAGCUAUUGAAUUAGCUCAACAAAUAAUUGAUUUUAAACAAGGACAUUCAUUAUUUGGUGUUGUUAAUGGAUCAGCAGUUACAUCACAAUUUGCACAAGGUAAUAGAGCUAUUUUAUUACUUUCAAAACGAUUAGGACAAAUUAUUGGAGCAUCAUCAAUAUCAACACCAACUCAAAUUUCACUUUCAUUUAAUCAUACUGUAUCGGAUCAUUUAUUUGAAGCUGUUGAAAUUUAUUUUUCUUAUGGAUAUUUACAUGAAAAAGGCAAUAAACGUGUUAAUUUUGUUAAUGCUCUUCAUUUAUUCGAAAUUAAAAUGAAAAGAAUUGUUGAUAAAAAUCAAGAAUUAAAUAAUGUAUUAGUUGUUCGUAUAUCCGGUGAUAGUAAAAUAAAAGAAUUAUCUGGUAUUAUUUCUGGCGAUCAUUUAUGGUUAGAUUGUAUAAAUCAAUGUCGUUUUAUUGCUCAUGUGCCACUCGAUGAUGAAAAUACUCAUGUUGUUGUUCGACCAAUAAAAGGAUCAUUUAUGGAUUAUCUUCGUGACAAUACAUCACAAUUAAAUAAUCGAAUAUCGGCUGUUUUUGAUACAACACCUUCAACAGGAAAUAUUCAAGAUGAACGUUGGUGUGCCCUACUUUUAUAA